CUCUGAGUCACUGGGCGCUCAUGUUUGGAUUCCCUUUACUGAGAAAUAGAUGAAGAGCCGGAUAAAGGAAACACCGCGACAAUUUCAAGGUAUAUUUUCGGGUCCUUUCCCACAUCUGAUGGAAAUUGUGAUAGGUGAUGUUGUUAGCGGUUAAUUCGUUUCAGAUUGCUUUUAUGUGGUUGCAUCAAAGUUGUGUUUCUAUAGAAAGAAGAGGAUAAAACAUGACCAAUACCUGUCAAUAUUUCAGGAUUCUUACAUUUAUCAUACUCUGCUGGCUGAAAAGUUUAAUUAUUCUAUUGAAUUACUCUUUAUUAGGGGAAAAACACAGUUGAAACUGUUGAUCCAAAUUUUAUAGGAGAUGCUUUACUUUUUAAAGGAGUGACUUUAUCAAAUUCUGCUUUUUAAAUUUUUUUUCAAAAGUUCUUCAGAAGGAGAUCCUGCGAUCAUUCCCAACACAAACUGUUGUUGCUGUUAUAAGACACACAAAUCCUCUUGAUCAUAUUUCAUGAUAGAUAACCGACACACAGAUGCUGCAGGUCACUCAUAACCUCCAUUCAUAUUGAUUUAUGACGUUUCUUCAUCUGUAUGACUUAAAGUCUCCAUAAACAGCUGUUCCUGGGUCAGCACUCAAAAACUUCUCAAAUCCUCUCACAAAUUUUCAGCAACAGACUAAAUGUCUAAAGUCUCCAGACCUUUAGUUAAAUGUUAACAUAUGACUCAAGAAGCGGGGGAAAACAUCCUCUCACACGACUGAGACUCAGAGGAAUGCAACCCUAAUCACUCCUCAUUUUCUUCCACAGCAACACCACUUUAAGCUCAAAUAACUAAACCACAACCUCCGAUGUAUUUCUGCUUUACAUUGACCGUGCUGUUUAAGUGUAUUAGCGUGUGCAGGGAACUCCAGAAACUCCUCGUCCACACUGUGUAAAACAGCUGCAUGUGUGCCAAAUUAAGUGCAUGUGUUGUGAUUGUUCUUGUCUAACAAGCUCACAGUGACUGACAUGUACUGUAAACACAGGGGUACAUGUUUGUUUGACAUUAGAGUGAUCCCUUUGCUAUUUGUUCCUUUAGUGUACUAACAGUAAUAAAUAGUUUUAUGCGAUUUAGUGGAUUUCAAAUGCUCAUAGUUGUAGUUUAGGUUCAAAGGCAUAAACUCACAUAUAGUGAAGUGUAUGUGAGUGGGAAUAGAUUUCUAGUUUCUGUAUGUUCUCCACCAGGCUUUGCUUUGCCUUCUUGGAGUUGUUAUUUAUGAGUUUUGAGGAAUUAAAUUUGUCAGUGAUAGAGGUAUCAUACGUUGAUUUUAGACUUUUAAACUAUGUAGAUGAUCGCCUCCUUUAACUGAGGGUGAUACUUAUAAAAAAAAGUAUUUAUCUUUGUUCCAGCUAUUAAUGGUUUUCUCCAUCAUCCUCCUCUUUCAUGUCUUUCUGCAGCAUCUGGACCCUCCAGACCAAGAAAAUCAGAGCUCAAGAGCAUCUCCCUCUGGCCAAAGAGAAGAAAUCUAUGGAUUCUGUCGGAUUAAUCUGUUUCAACAUCAUGUGAUUGUUUUGUUCACUCAAAAAAAGCUCCACAUCUUUUUUUUUCUUUUGACAUCUUGGACUGAUUUUUCACCGCUCAUCCUGCCAGAAUAAUGUCAGCAAAGAGGACUUUAUAGAGGAAAGAGGAAAGAGGAAAAGCAUCAUAAAGCAUGGAGGCUUCAACUUCUGCUCAUGCGUGGACUCCCUCCUCCUCACCCAUACCCCCCAUUUCCCCUUCUCCCUCCUCUCACGGCUAUUUGCAGUUCUUCUGGGAGUACCAGGACAUUUCUGUGAUCAGGGAGCACUACAACUACACAGGGAAGCUGCAGAAAGACCGCUACCGUGAGGGUCUCAAACCCGAGGGCAUCGCCUUCCUGGUGGUGUGUCUCCUCAUCGUCCUGGAGAAUGCAGUGGUCCUCAUCGCCAUUUGGAGGAACAAAAAGUUCCACCUGCCCAUGUAUUACCUGCUGGGGAACCUGACUCUGUCGGACCUGCUGGCUGGGAUCACAUACAUGGCGAACAUUAUCAUGUCAGGGCCUAAUACCCUGAAACUAACGCCACUGUUGUGGUUCGUCAGGGAGGGAGGUGUCUUCAUCACUCUGGCCGCCUCUGUAAUAAGCCUGCUGGCCAUUGCGAUUGAACGUCAUGUUACUAUGGUGACCAUGCGGCCAUAUCAUGGGGCAAAGCGAGGGAGGAUGUUGGCACUGAUUGGUGCAAGCUGGGCACUUGCAGGAUUUCUGGGUGUUUUACCAAUUUUGGGAUGGAACUGCAUCUACAAACUGGACCAGUGCUCCACGGUCCUCCCGCUUUACUCCAAGAGCUACAUCCUCUUCUGCGUUUCCGUCUUCAUCGCAAUCCUCCUCGCCAUCGUGGUCCUUUACGUCAGAGUGUUUCGCAUCGUCCGCACUAACACGCAACGUCAGAGGUUGGGCCUGUCUGGCAGUUUGAGAAAAGGCCUGGCGAGGAAGUCCCAGAAGUACAUCGCCCUCCUCAAAACUGUCACCAUCGUGCUGGGCGUCUUCAUCGCCUGUUGGCUGCCGCUCUUUUUCCUCCUCCUCUUAGAUUUCUUUUGCCCCACUCGUGGUUGUUACCUUCUCUACAAGGCUGAUUACUUCCUGGGAGUGGCCAUGGUUAACUCGCUCCUCAACCCUAUCAUCUACACUCUGACCAGUAAAGACAUGAGAAGAGCCAUCCUCAGGCUGCUGUGUCGACCAUGUUUGAUGACCAGAGAUGGUCAGGUGAAAAAGAUCGGGAUGCCGUUUCUAGAGUGUAGCUUCAGUAAAACCGAGGUGGCGUCCCAGAAGUUGGAGGGGGGGCCGGAGACAACCAUUUCCUCAGGGAACAAUGUCACCACACCUUCUCCUAUAAAAGCCCUUUACCCCAAACUCUUCAAAUCUGUCAAAGACUUUGACUGAGAAAAUAAGGUUUCCUGUGCACCAAAAAGAAGACGUGUAACAGCAUGCCAUCGGAUGUUCUCAAAUGUGAAGCCAAGUAAGAAACUAAGUGAAAUAUCUUGGAGGUCUCAGCUGACAAGAAUGACAGACCUGAACUGUGUUAUGGCCACUAAACAAAAGGAUGCUACUCAAAUAUGAACGAGAACACAGACAUUUCUACAGAGAUGGCUCUUUUUUGUUAAAUUUGCACUGAAUUAUCACAAUGAAAGGACCUUCCUUUCUCUGUAGUUUCUUUUAAGAGACUUCUGUAAACUCAAAGACUUGUGUGGCUGAAAACUGACACUUUCUCCCACUUGUAAAGGUAUAAAAAAUUGGGUUGCCUCUGCCCUUUUUUCUGUGGUUUUAUACUGAAGUAUCUAAAACAAACACGUGUGCAUAUUCUGUUUGUCUGCACACACUUGGGUUUCGCUGGUUCGAAGGUCUCUGGUGUGCUUGAUUUGUCAGACAAAAAGGUGUAAAGCGCUUCUGCACAUACCUCAAAGUGUGAAUGCAGAAAGACAGACACAAAGAGAAGACAAUUGUCUUAUACACAAGGUUCAGACAAGAGCGGUGUGGUAUAGAUGUGGGAGGGAGAGCAAAAACCAAACUCCCCCGAGGUUUUGAAAUGACAAAUGGUUAGCUUAGAGAAGCGGAGUGGAAAGUUUUAAAUGUCAGGAUCAGAUUUUUUUUUACAUCAGUCAGGCAUUUGCUGGAAAAAUGCAAGCAUCAAAACAACCAAAUGUAAUAUAACGGACGGAUGUGUUGUUAUUAAAUAUUUCCAGAAGCCACAGCUGACUCAAGUUCUGCAACAACUGAAUAAGCCUGAUACAUGCUGACUUCAAAGUUUAACAUUUCAUCACCACAAGCUGUACAUUUAGUUACUUUAUCAUUUUCCAGCAGCAUGAAGACUUUUAAGGACGUGAAUGUUCCUGCACUUGUAAGCUACAUCAUGCAGAAACAGUGCACUUAUUCCUCUGCUUUCCUUCACUUUCAGUCAUGCUAACAGAAUAUUUCAAACGUUUUAGUGCUGUUUUUUGGACCUCAGCUGAUGAAUAAAGCAGUGUGUACUUUUGUGUAGCUUUUUUUUUGUAUUUCUGAAGACUUUUCAUACCAUUUUUAUUAUAAAUUAUGACUUUUUUGUAC